AUGAGUACAGAAAUUAGACAAAAUGUUCGAGCAUCCCAUAAUUGUGCUCGAAAUUUUCAAGAGGAUGCAACAAUAAUUCGAACUCCGCUACCAAUCCCAAGGACAUGUCAUUACUGUAGCGCACGUCUAUUUCACCAUGAGACGUUUGAGAUGUGCUAUAAUAGGGGAAAAGUCUCUCUUUCCCGAGUAAAUGCUCCUCAGGAAUUGCUUGAAAUCUUCCUGGACCCCUCUGCAGAAGGAAACCAUUUUAGAAAACAUAUUCGUGGAUACAAUCAUGUAUUUUCCUUCACUUCGUGUGGUGUGAACAUAGACGAACAACUGGCUAUAACAGAUCGUGGUAUAUAUACAUUUUGUGCUCAAGGCUCAAUAUAUCACAGUAUAGGGAGAUUUUAUCCGGAUCAGGGCACGCGGCCAUGGUUUUUGCAACUGUACAUAUAUGAUACUGAACACGAGUUACAGAAUAGGAUGCUUGAGAACACACAACUACAUGAAAUAUUGGUUUUCAAGUUACAACAAUUGCUACACUGGUAUAAUCCUUUUCUCCAUGUGUUUCGCCAGCUUGUACAACGGUCAGAUGUAGCAGCUAUAAUUGUUGGUGAUGACGUUGAAACAAUGAUUCAUGAGCGAGAUAUUAAGGUGCAAACUCAUGCUGGUAGCCUACGAAGGAUUCAGGAAUUUGUUGGCUAUUACGAUCCACUACAAUAUCCUCUUCUUUUUCCAUUUGGAACUCAUGGAUGGGAUAUCAAUACCCGAACAUAUAAUAGCUAUAUGCUCCAGAUUCGCCCCGAUGAUCAUUCCACCGUAUUGCAAGCAGGGCGACUACUACAACAAUAUGUUGUUGAUAACUAUGUGAAAAUUGAAACCGGAAAGUUAAGAUGGGUUCGAACUAGACAGAAGAAAUUACGGGCUGAAUUAUACCAAGGCUUACAAGAUGCUUUGCACACAGGAAAAACUAAUGCAGAAAAUGUUGGAAGAAAAAGAACAAUAUUACCAUCGUCGUUCAUUGGUAGCCGUCGCGACAUGACCCAACGAUAUGAAGAUGGAAUGGCGAUUGUUCUUAAAGAGGGCAAGCCAGAUAUUUUUCUCACAAUGACAUGUAAUCUAUCUUGGACUGAAAUAACUUCAGAACUCAACCCAGUUCAAACUCCACAAGAUCGUCCAGAUCUAACAACAAGAAUUUUUCGAGCCAAAAUUGAACAGCUGAAAGAGGAUGUAAUUACUAAGGGUGUCUUGGGAAAGGUGAAGAGCUAUAUUUAUGCCACUGGGUUUCAAAAAGAGGGUUGCCACAUGUACAUAUGUUGCUAA